AUGUCAAUGCAUUAUCAAUGCUCAGCAGCCAAACAGCUAACCGCCCCAAAAAAUUACCCGGAUAUGUCUCCAAGCAUUCUUCGAUGCCUUGGCGAGGUGGCGAACCAAGCGCUUCCCGGUGAACAGAUCUAUCGGCGAAAUGCAUCCACAGUGAGGGAAAUAUUCUGUGACGAGGGUUUCCAAAUAAGGAAUGCGACAAUUCAACCAGUGCGAUUGCUGGGAUCUGCAGAGGCGGUUUUGGCAUUGGCAUGGGGUCGGGUGGAAGAUGGAGCACGUGAAAUUGAGGCCUCAGCAGUGAUAUGUGUUCAACUACCCGCCCUGAUUUAUGCACCACGUAAGGCGACCAGUCCGGCGAUACCACGUGACGGUCGAUGUGACGUGGAAGCACUGUUAGCUGUGAUUAUCGCCGUUGUAGACGACGAGUUAGCGGUGGAACCGGAGGACGUUUUCUCCAAAGAUUUCAAAAGCUUUUUUGCGAAAUGUUCAAACUGCACACAGAUUGCCGCCAACCAGCUUCAGAAACUGGACUGGAUAUUCGAACAAUGCAAAGACACCUAUGGGGACUUCACUAAGCUUCUCAACUCUCUCAAAAGUUAG